AUGGCUUCACGAUUCCCUCGCCAACGUCCCUCGAACGGCCUCUUCGACUCAUACGGCGGCGAGUCCCGUCCGGCCAGCAGGUCACCCGCGCCGUCCGGAGGAUAUGGAUACGGAGGCUACUCCAGCCCCGCAGGAAGUGCCUAUGGCAACGGAGACGCUUCAGGACCUACAUUAUACCGGAGCGCAACACCUGACAAGAAGGGCCAUUACUCGGAUGCUGUGCUCUCGUCGUUAGAAUCGCAAAAUGACGCUGAGGUGGAAGGCAUAAGCUCGAAGGUUAAAAUGCUGAAGGAUCUCACGAUUGCCAUCGGCGACGAAAUCCGAGAUACCGCACACAUGACAGACCUAGAGAACUCAUUCGAGGGGACCCGAGUUCGACUCCGUGGAAAUAUGAAACGCAUGCUCCGCAUGGCUGAAAAGACUGGCGUUGGGUGGAGGGUUUGGCUUGGCUUCAUCUGCGCCGUCUUUCUCUUGUUCUUCUAUGUGUGGAUCUUCUGA